CUACUCCCUUCCGGCUUCCUCAAUACACACGGUUAGACGACUGCCCGCGCUUGCUCCAGAGGCGUGGCAGCUCUAUAUUAAGCGUACAUCCUUCAAGCCCGAGAAUGGCGACCUUUGACUACGUCGACUUUCCCAAGGACGCGCUUCGCCUCUCGCUUGCGAGCGUGAAGGAGACGCACAACCUCAGGCCAGCUGCGAAGGUCCAUACGUCCUUGCCGCACUCCGUUCCCGACCAACUAAGCACCGCCUCUCCGAUCUCGCCCACUGCCAAGUCCUUCGGCCCUCUCUCGCUGUUCCCGCAACUCCUUCUAUCCUCGGCGCUUCCACCUUCAACGCCUGGUCAUGGGCGGAGUGCAAGCCAAGGUGGCCAAGGGCAGGGUGCCGGCUCCGCGCUGACCUCAACGAACCCGAGAGGACAGCCACAUACGCUCCUCUCGACCCGCGACCCAUUGUCCAUCCCAAUAACGACUGUCAACUUCAGAAGAUUUGUCGGCAAAAUAGGCCCGCUGUUUUGGCUGCAGGAUCGGAUAGAAGAGAUUGUUGCGUGGAAGCGAGGAUGGAAGGUAACGAGCGUGUGGAUAGCGGCGUACGGCUUCUUGUGUUAUUUUCCUCGGCUUGUGCUUCUUCUUCCACAUGCCAUUGUCUUGGGUGUUAUCCUCGCCAAUCAUCCAGAAGAAACGAAUGCGACUUCGCCCCCUGUCAAUGCAAGUGAAGGGUCCGUGGACUGGCAAGCCAAUUUGCAGGCCAUUCAGAACCUCAUGGGCGCUUACUCUGACGCAUACGAUGCUGCAUUUCCCCUCGUCACCCAGCUCACGACAGCCACCUCUUCGUCUCGUUCUCGCCCUCAAUCUCCGCUUCUCCCCGUAGUUGUUGUAACACUCCUUCUGAUGCUCCCUAUCCUCCCAUACGUCCCUCUCCGCCCACUCUUCUUUAUACUCGGUGUCGCACCCCUCAUUGCCACACACCCUUUUGUUCAAUCGCGGGGGCUCGCACUCGUCUUAAGCUGGAAGCAACAAACCCCCUUCCGGGAGAAAGCAAGCCUAAUAUGGAAGCGCCUGCGUGGAGGCUGGAAGCGUGCGGUAGACGAUGACAGGCUGCUCGACAAGCACUGGGGCAGCGAGAUGCGGGAGGUCGAGCUAUGGGAGAACGAGCGGCUCGCGAGUGCACCCGUCCCCGGGUCGUCCUCGUCUUCGUCGGUCCCCGCGUCUGAGGGAGGCGAUUUGUCUGGGUCCGGCGCGGUGACGAGUGGGGGUUUGAGUUCGUGGGCGAAGGUGAACCUGAGGCACGGUGAGCGCUCGGCGUGGACUCGAGGGAGAGAUGGAUGGAAAGGUGUAGCGAAUGGGAGUGGGGAGGGGGAAGUCAGUAGCAACCUCACGUUUUCCCUUGCACCCGGCUGGGCAUUUGUCGAAACGGAAGGAUGGCGUGCGGACCUUGACGCGAGCUGGUGCGACUGUGGUGGUGAUGAUGACGGCUGGGUUUACACGAAUGAUGCAUGGCUUGAACCAAGGGAAGCCCCGGCAAAUAUGCCUUCACCAGCCGUUACACGGCGGAGACGAUGGACGAGGCGGAUAUACUGGGACCCUGAGAGGGUAAACUGAGCACGCCCAUCGUGCCUUCGGAACCCGAGUGUCAAUUUGUACUAGUAAUCGGUGAAGCGUUCAAAACCCACCCGCAUGAAGGGCCACCCAUACCAUACAGUGUCUGCACUCGCUACUCAACCCAUCUUCGAACUACCACGGAAAUGUAUCAUCAGACUAGUUGUUGGUUACCUGAUGCAACAUUGGGCAGCUUUGCGCUCU